AUCUGCUGACUGCAGGCACAGUGUAAACAAGGGGGGAGAGAGAGAGAGAGAGAGAGAGACAGCUCAGGUGGAGAGACAGCUGCACAGAGCACACUGACUGACCUCACAGGAGAGGGGCUGCUGCCUAUAUAGCAGGACACACACAGGGGGGGACAUAGAGAGCACCUACAUAUCCAGGGAGCAGUCACUGCACAGGAUGAGACAGACUGGCUGAGAGACAGCUUGGCACAAUAGACAGAGGGAUUGCAUGACCUACAGGCUGCACAGAGAGAGAGGGGUCAGGGGCUAAGAGAUAUUCACAGAGCUGAAGACUGCUGUGUAGGUCUGGCAGCUGACCCAGAGACCUCUGAAGGUCAGGUAACUGAGACAGUCACAUUGGGCACCAGAGAUAAGAGACAGCAGGGUAGCUGUGUCUGGAGAUUGCCAUGGAAUCCUAGCUGUCCAAGACCUGGAGAAAAUGGGACAUCCCUGGAGAAUAAAGUAGACUGAGAGAUUCCCUGCGUCCCAGGCGGAGGACGAGACAGCAGAGAGUGACUUUAAACAUGGCGGCCACAUUCCCCUUCUCACUGACCACGCUCCUUUAUCUUGUGCCCCUUUUGGCGUGGCUUGUAGACCCCACUCUGGCAUACAGGCCGGUUAUCUUGGUCCAUGGUCUUUUUGACAGUUCUGCCAACUUCCAGCAUCUGGUGGAAUACAUUAAUGAGUGUCACCCGGGCACCAAUAUCUCAGUCCUGGACUUGUUUGACCGCAAGGCGAGUUUACAGCCUCUCUGGAAGCAAGUGAUGGGGUUCCGGGAGGCCAUCUACCCAAUAAUGCAGAACGCCGGCAGUGAAGGGGUGCACCUGCUCUGCUACUCACAAGGAGGAUUAAUCUGUCGGGGUCUCCUGGAGACUAUUCCAGACCACAAUGUGGACACUUUCAUUUCCUUGUCCUCCCCUCUGAUGGGACAGUAUGGAGACACAGAUUACCUGCGGUAUCUGUUCCCCAGUUAUGUGAAAGCCAAUCUGUAUCGGUUCUGCUACACGCAGUUUGGCCAGGGCGUCUCCAUCUGCAACUUCUGGAACGAUCCACAUCACCACGACAUGUAUGUACAGAGCAGUGAUUUCCUGGCACCUUUAAACUCGGAGAGGCCGGAGCCGAACAUUACAGAUUGGAAGAAAAACUUCCUGCGUCUCCACAGAUUGGUUCUCAUUGGGGGUCCUAACGAUGGCGUUAUUACUCCGUGGGAGUCCAGUCACUUUGGAUUUUACGAUGAAAAUGAAACCGUUUUGGAUAUGAAGCAGCAGCAGGUAUACAUAGAUGACGUCUUUGGUCUCCGUACUUUAGAUAGGCGUGGAGCAGUCACGGUGUAUUCUAUCCCGGACGUCAUGCAUACAAUGUGGCACUCGAACGAGACUGUCUUCCAUGAGUGCAUUGAAAAGUGGCUCACUUAAUGUUAUCGUGCUCUACAUUGGGACUAUAAAACCUGUUUCAUCAUCCUCCAAGCUACAGUUCCUCCCCAUUGCAGAUUGACUUGGACCUACUACACCUCAGUAUUCAUCAUGCCUGUCCUGUUCUUUGUGGUGUGGUCCACUGCAGGCCUCUCCUAUUCCUCCCAAGAACUUGCUCACCCAACCCUUCUACAAACUGUGGGUCAUAUUUCCUUUAUGUCAUUGUGCAGUUCAGUCUGCUUCUUCUUUACCCCCCAACGUGAGUCUCCAACCUAAUAUUUAACUAUGAAGCAAACGUAGGUACUUUUAUACCCCUUAAACUUGAUCGUUUUUUUUUUGAAGGUAGAACGUUUUCUGUUUGCACCUUUUAUAACAAUGGAAGAUUCACUUUGGGAAGCACUUUGCACAAUGGGGGUGCCAUUAUUUAAUUGGCAGUGAAAUACGUAACCCAUAGGGAUCUUCUACCUCUGUGCCUCCAAUCCUCUGCUGUCAAAAUAAUGGGGUAACGUUGGAUGCUGAAAUCAUGGGAUGUUCAUAGCAUGCAAGCCUUUUUAAUGUUUACUCGCGCAGCGCAGGCGGGCGUUUUCUGGGCCAUACAAAAGUUCACCUUGUUAAUUCAAUAGGUCUAGUGACAUCACCAAGGCACACAGAACCUCGUGCCUGAAUGACGUCCGAAAUGCCUAAUGAAUUCAUAGUCCACGAUCUCAAGAAUUGUCGUGGAGACCCAAAAAUGUCCAUGCAGAGGAAUAGUACAUUUUAAAUGACAAGGAAUAAAAAAUACUCCCUUUGCUGCAAAAUACGCCGUUAUCAAUGCAAUUGCUCCCUUCACUCGCAAACGGUUUGAAGCUGGAGAGCGUGUUGUGGUUUUUAUAAUUUUUUUAAAAUAAAAAUGUCCGACGAGAUCGUGUUUCCGCAGGGAUGGACUCGGAAGCUCAGGAUGCGGGGUAUUUAUAAUUAUGGAAGCCACAUUGUCACUGCACCAAGGCACAAGAGCUGACAAUGGUGGGCAUGAAGAACCGUGUUAGCCGUAUUACGUCAGGGAGUUACUACCCAGUUAUCGUUGUAAUAAGUGUGUAUUUUUUCUGCUAUUUUUUUUUAUUGCCGUUUGUUGUGUUCAAUAAAACAUUUCUGCAAAACCAUAAACUGUGUGUGCAUGCAAGAUGCGUCAGGUCUGCGGCCAUAGCUUAUGUCAGCCAUACAUUGCGAUAAACACCUAUGAUUUCAAAUAUUUGCUUUGAUAUCGUAAUACAUAUUCGCUAUCGGGUGUGAUUAAAAAAUAAACAGAACCUUUCGAAUGUA